AUGUUCGCGUGCUGCGCAUCGCCCCCCAGCGCAAAGGCGGAGGUGGUGCAGACGCGGGCAGCGCUAAGCAACGACGAGGAGUGCACGUCCACGGGAGAGCUCGACUCGCAGCAGAUCGCUGACGACGAGAGGUUCCCGCGCUGGAGCCCGACCAGCAGCGCCCCGUGCAUCAUGGAGGGGGAGCUCCCCGUGCCGUGCCAUUUCGGGGGUGUGGCCGAUGCGUCGCCGACCGGCUGGGCAGCCUCUCCCGGGAGCUCCCCCGGGGACGAGGCGUCUGGGGGGGACAUGACGAGCACAAAGUCGGAGCGCCUGAGCGAGCAGGUGCGCACCUUCGUCAAGAAGGCCCAGCAGGGCUUGUGCGUCUUCUUCUGCGACGUGCAGAGCCUGCUUCUGUCCCAGUGCCUCUUCAGGAUCGAUCGACGACAAGCUCACCACACUGACCCUGCGGACCGCGCUGUCUAA